AUGCUCUCCCUUCUCUCUCUCUCUCUCUCUCUCUCUCUCUCUCUCUCUCUCAGCCCAUCCCGCGGAUGCUACCUCCUCCUACAUCAGCCGCCAUGGAGAGACAUCUCUUCUCUCAUCUCCCGUUAGACAACCCCUCCACAAUCACCUAUCUCCUUCCUCUCCUUCCCCCACAUCUACCCACGUCGUCGGGCUGUGAGGCGGCAACAUAGGUGAUGUGCUUCGAUGUGGGGCGGCCGGCUACGCAUGGGGACGCACGACAUGGCGAGCUGGAGGUGUUACUGCGCAUGGAGAACCUCGGUAGGAGAUGCUGGAACCGACCGGUAGGUGAUUAUGCUGGAAUCGGACGCGCGUCGCCACACGAAGCAUUUUUUUUCUGGAACCAGCGUUUGUUUUUGCUGGAAUUGGCCCUUAUUAUUGCUGCUAUCGGCACUAGUGUUUUUCUCUAUUGUUUUUAUUUUGCUGGAACCAGCAUUUUCUUUUGCUCGAACUGGCUAAUUUGUUUGCUACAAUCGAUUAUCCGAGUUUUUUGCCGCUGAGAUUUUUGCUGGAACCAGCCUUUUCUUUUGCCGGAACUGGCUAAUUUGUUUGCUACAAUGGAUUAUCCGAGUUUUUUGCCGCUGGGAUUUUUGCUGGAACCAUCGUGGAAGACAAGGACGGCGAGCCGGAGAUGAGGACGCUGGGAUGCUACAACCAUGGUUGUUGUAUAUUGGAAGCAGCAUGUUUUCGAGCUGCAGGUGCUACGAUGGCGACGACAUGCUAGAGGACAGAUGAUGCAAGCUCCAAGGAGGGCGACCACCGGCGACGAGAUCCAUUUAUUUUUGCUGGAACCUUACAUUGUUUUUGCUGGACACAAGCUUUUUGUUUGUUGGAACCAUGUAUUUUUUGGCUAGAGGACGGCGGCCAGCCAACCACCGGCGACGACGGCGACCGGCAGGCGAGGCAAGCGGGCCAGGGUGGCCGGCGAGCUGGCUGGGUUCUGGGGAGUUCACGGACUGCCUGUAUCACAUGCGCCAUGACUAUUUUUCUUUUAUUUUUUAACGAAGUAGUUGAGGAAGGAGAAAUCCAUCGUGCGGUUGUAAUUGCACAAAUCGUAGCAGUGGCCCGGAAAAAAACAUCGUAUGGUACUUGGUGGACAUCUACACGAGGAUACGUGUGUGGACGGGAAAACGGGUGAUCAACACGCAAACAAACGUCACAGCAAAAAAAAAAAAAACACGCAAACAAACGAACAAAACAAAAGCUCAUUGAUCGACCUGUGCAAUCCCUUUCGGUCGAUCUGGAUCUCUCUCGCGUGCUUCCGUCGUUUCUCGUGUGCGUAAUCCAUCGGUUCUCGCGAUCUAGGGCAUGUUCCAAACAAACACCCGCCGGCGGCGGCCGUCGUCCUUGGAGGAUCCAUGCCCGGUCCUCCCCGACGACGUCAUCGAGGACAUCUUGGCGCGGCUGCCGGCCAAGGCAGUGCACAGAUGCCGCUGCCUCUCUCGCACCUGGUCCGCCACGCUCGCCUCCGGCGACUUCGCCAACCUCCACCUCCGCCUCGCCAACCGCCACGGCGGCCCAAGGAUCCUGUUCGUGGAGAACUGGGGCUCAACCUACCACUGCCGCCCGAAAGUGCAGGUGGGGUCGCCGGAUAACCCUGGUCGUACGACUCUGAUGGAGCUCCCCCAUAUUCACGAUGUUGGCGGCCGCCCCACGGGGAACCUCCUCCCGCGCCUCGUCACGCAGCAGUGCCGUGGCCUCUUCAUCCUCCAAGCCGGAAGGACGCACUACGUGCUCAACCCGUCUACCGGCAGGAUGGCAGCUCUGCCGGAGAGCCCGGACAAGGGCGACCACCGUAGCAGACACCUAGGGCUAGGCUACGACACGCGCACCAUGACGCACAAAGCUGUGCGCGUCUGCUGCCUCCCGGAAUCCGUGAAAUAUGAGGUCUACGAGAUCAACUCCGUCCCGGCGCUUUGGAGGCCGGCCAAGGGUUGUGCUCCUGAGAAACCACCGCUGGACUGGGUAGACAACCGCUACGACCUGAGCGUCUUUGAGCAAGGGCACGUGUAUUGGUUGGCCAGGCAUAAGCUUGAUCUCAGUCGGAAGACCUGUUCGUCUUCUUCUUCAACCUUGACAAUGAGACGUUUGGAUCCAUGCCGUCAUUGCCGUCAUUCGUCAUGGAUAGAGGAUGCAUUCACCAUCGCUACAACUUGACUGGGUUUGGCGGACGCCUGUGCAUCUUCCACACCGAGAUGGUUUGGUUGACGCCUUGUCGACACAACGUCUGGCUGCUAAAAGACCAUGCUACUUGUGUCUGGGAUCUACACUGUCAAAUCAAUGUGUAUUCGCUGCCCUUGAAGGUUUCCAAUUUAUUGUACUCCGGGUGGAUGGGGAUACUCACCGUUGUCGACGAUGGUCGCCGCAUCGUCAUACGACCAAGCAACUACAUCGAUCUAAGCUUCAAGAUGUGUGCAUACAUCCCCGUGAUCGAUGAUAUGGACAACCUUCUAGGUGGAAGCAGCGGCUUGGUCUCUACUGAUAGCAUGAUUUCACAACAUGCUGCAUUGUACGAGGAAAGCAUCGCCUCCCCCGGAGAGCCACUAGCCACCUACAAGUUUAUAGAUCGUGUCUUGAUUCUCUUGAAGUAAAAGUGCCGAGCGCAAAAUAUAAGGAGC